CACCAAAUAAUAUAUAAACUUUUUAAUAUUCUGCGGAUAAAUUGAAAAUGGCUGAAGAUUCUGGAGCAGCCUCUGGAGAAGGUACCCCGUCUCGAUCAGGAACAUCCGGAGACGAGAAAAGGAAGAGAAUCUUCUUUAAAGAGAUCCGGUGUAUGAUGUAUGGGUUCGGUGAUGAUCAAAACCCCUACACCGAAUCUGUGGAGCUUCUUGAAGAACUUGUGAUCGAAUUUAUCAGCGAUCUUACUCACAAAGCUUCCCAGGUUGGGAGACCUGGCAGAGUUCAAGUUGAGGACAUUGUUUAUCUUAUUCAGAAGGAUCCGCAGAAGUACUCACGUGUCAAAGACUUGUUGACAAUGAAUGAAGAGCUAAAGAAAGCAAGACGUGCUUUUGACGAAGCAAAAUUUUAAUCAUAAAUUAUUAAUGUUAUUUUAGUGAAUGCUUUGCAGGUGGCUUGUGUUUGUACGGAUUGUAUAUUUACCUGCACCAAGUUGCGUAUAUACAAAUUGUUUUAAGUCAGUUAGGUUUCAUUUGAUCAUUAAAGAGAUAAAUGAACCCCCCAACAAUUUUUCAUCUUAGCAUAUUGUGUUACUAAUGUUUAUUAAUUGGUCCUGCUGCAUUUCCUAAUACUUUAUUCUUGACUAGUAUAUCCAAGUAUGUUUUAUGCACUGCCCUAAUUUUUCUUUAUUGAAUUUUUAAG